AUGGAGGACCUCUAUAGAGAGGGAACUGUGGAUCAAGACGGGACCAAUGAAAACAACGCUGAUCGCGCGGCUGUGAUCAAGAAUAGAAAGGAGAGAACUAGCCGCUUUAAAGCUCAGCUGUCUAUGGCGUUGUGUUCGCUGCUGGCUACUACGAACCCUUCAAGGGUACUCGUUGUUGCUAAUAAACUCUGUACAGAUGAUAGAGAUUUGAUGCAGAACUUGAAGGUUAACGGAGUGGCUGUUGUUGAUGUGGGAGUAGGGUAUCGCGAGUGGCCGACGCUAUUGAAGAGCGCUUACCCCCGUCUCAAGUGUUGCCUGUUUACGUUCAAUAAGCUACUGAUUUGGCGGCUCGGGGAGGUGCUUCCGGAAGGGGAGAACACUCCUAUGGUAUGGUACGAUAGUGACAUUCUGUGGCGUAAAAAUGCCACGGUGGAGCUGAUAGAAAAAUAUGAGAAAAUGUACGAUGGGAAAGGAGUUGUGGCGGCCCAGUGGCCGGCUGAGUUCAUGAAGGGCGACGUAGUUCUCAACAGUGGGGUGAUGCUUCUGCGACCAAGUUGGGAGGUAUUCCAUAGACUUGAGACAGCAUGGUUUAAUGGGGAGUACAAGCUAGUGAACGAGGAGAAGACUGCUACUGGAGAUCAGGAAGUUGUCAGUAGUAUCUGCGGCGCUGAUGAGGGCGAGGGCUGCGGAGGUCCUUGGCUGAGAUUAGACGUGUGUGACAACUACCGAAGGUAUGAAUUCCAGAAACACUGCAAUGAAAGUGAAGUCCCGUUGUGGCAUCCUAAUCCAAGAUGGCGAAGAAAAGUGGUUGAUUUCAAGAGCGCGAAACAUGUCGAUAAGAUGCAGCGUGGCCAGUGUCGGCCGAAAGGGAAAAAGUGA